GUUUGUUUUUACAUGGACCAUUCACUACUAGCACUACAAACUCUUAUCAUAAGUAUUUUAGUAGGGUUAUGCCUGAAGCUGUUGCAGUCCGAGAUGAUAGUGUUGCCAAAACUGAUACAGGUGUUGAUAAGGCAGAUAUCGGUAAAGCUGUAGUGGGUAUAAUCUACCCUCCACCGGAAUUGAGAAAUAUUGUUGAUAAGACCGCCUCGUUUGUUGCUAGGAAUGGUCCUGACUUUGAGACCCGAAUCAAAGACAACGAACGAGGGAACAGAAAAUUCAACUUCCUGAAGGAAGGAGACCCCUACCAUGCGUACUACCUGCACAAAGUCAAGGACUUUAUAGAGGGUAAAGCUCAGGAACCUGCUGCCCCCCAGCUCCCUGCUGUACCCCAACAGUUACAGGGGAAAAUGCCUGUCCCGGCUGUUCCCAAGAAGAAACUGCCGGUGUAUGAGCCCAUUAUCCUGAAGGACCCCCCAGCAGAGCCCAUUUACAUGCUGGAUCCCCCCUCUAUCUCAGCUUUAGAACUGGACGUGGUAAAGCUGACAGCGCAAUUUGUUGCUAAGAACGGAAAAUCCUUCCUACAGACCCUGAUACAGAAGGAACAGAAGAACUACUUGUUUGAUUUCCUGAGACCCCAACACGGACACUUCCAAUACUUCACCAAACUUGUUGAACAGUACUCGAAGAUCCUGCUGCCGGAGACAAAGAUGCUGGAGAAAUUGAAACUGGAAGAUAAAAAACCGUCCGCCCUCUUAGACAAGGCAAUGUACAAAGUGGAGUGGUUGAAGUAUCAAGAAAGAGUAAAGAAGAAGGAGCAAGAUGAUAGAGAAAAAGAGAGAGUUUCGUUUGCGCAGAUAGACUGGCACGACUUUGUGGUGGUAGAGACGAUUGACUUCCCUGUGGAUGAGGCGGGAGACCUUCCUCCACCGGUAACCCCCGACGAGUUGGGAGCUAGACUCAUUGCUCAGGAGCGAUACGAGAGAAUGAAGGAGCAUCCAGAGGAGUUCACAGGAGAAGAUGAUGAAGAUGAUGAAGAGGAGGAAGAAGAAGAGGGAGAGAAGGAGGAGAAUGAUACUAUGGACGUGGAAAUGGAGGUUACAGACGAUGAGGCUGAGGAUGAAGAUGCCUUCAAACCUCCACAGAUUCCAGAUGAGGUAGCAGCUGUAGACACAGCUCCCAUACAGAUCAGCAACGUUAAAGUCAGGAAGGAUUACAAUCCUAAAGCCAAGGCGGGAGCAGUACCCUCAGCACCAUCUGACCAAUGGGUGAUAUCACCCAUAACGGGUGAGAGGAUCAGAGCAGACCAGCUGCAGGAGCACAUGAGGGUAGCCCUGCUGGAUCCCAGGUGGAGAGAACAGAGGGACAGGGCUCUGGAGGAGAAGAAGAGGCACGAAGAUCCUUAUGCUCCUGGUAUUGAUGUGAGCAACACGCUCAAACAGCUUGCUGAGAGAAGAACAGAUAUCUUCGGUAAGGGAGGAGAGGAAACUAUGAUCGGUAAAAAGAUAGGAGAAGAAGAAGUAAAGGACACGUCAGUACAAUGGGACGGUCACAGUUCCAGUAUGGAGUCCGCUAUUGCCCAGGCUAAGAAAAAUGUUACUAUUGACGAGCAGAUCGAGGCUAUCCAACGUUCUAAAGGACUUCUACCUAACAAGGACGCUAUAGGACCAGCUGUCCCCAGCUCCACAGCCCCAAGCUCCCAACCUCCUGUCAGUCUCCAGCCUCGCACUGGUACAGUACAAGUACCGGGACUACCCCAACAAGCUGUGUUGGUGCGAACUGCUCCUGUUAUAGUUCAGCAGAACCCCAACCUGCUAGCACAAGCUCAGAUAGCACAAGUUCAAAUAGCACAAGCUCAACAACAGCGGAUAGUGCAGCAAGCUGCCGCUCAGCAACAACAAGCCCAAAUACAGCAACAACAAGCUCAGAUACAGCAGCACAUGUUGCAGCAGCAGCUCAUCACCCAGCAGAUCGCUAGGCAACAAGCAGUGCACCAACAAGCAGCCCACAUGCAGCUAGCAGGACAACUCCUCUCCCAGCAGGCCGCUGCUCAAGCUGCAGCUGAGGAGCACGUUUCUAAACGUAUAAGACUGGAAGAACCUGCCCUGCUACCGGAGGACCAAUGGAAAGCUAGGUUUGCAGUUGGCAACUUCAACGUUAAAGUCAUCAUGCCUACCCAGGACCAUGGAGAUAUCAAGCUCAACGGACAGGUAGUACCGGUGGAAGUAUCUCUGGAUGACACGGUGACGAAGAUAAAAAGCAAGGUGACUGAGGUUAUCGGACUACCGGCUGGCAAACAGAAGAUUCUCUCUCCAUCGGGUAUGGUGCUGAAAGACACCAACACACUAGCUUACUACAACAUACCACCAGAGGCUAACCUGACUCUGAGAAUUAAGGAGAGAGGAGGAAAGGGAAAGUAGACGUUUCACCUGCUUAUAAUUUUAUUUGCUACCUAGAAACGCUUAUUUUAACCUUUCUUAUUGUUGAGUAGGCUGUAAGGAGGUUAUGUCAAUUUGUUUUGGACGUGUCAGCUUUUUACAAAUUUACGUCACUUUCCUAACAGACGUCAAAUUCUGUAUUUUAUCGUGGUUAUUUAAAAUUUAAGAGGUUUUGUUCUUCGAAGCUGUAAGAGGUUUCCUUCAAACAAUUUCCGAUCAGAAAUGCAGAGCAAAAUGUUGAAUCGAACAUAAAAAUAUUCCUUUUAACCCUAAUUUUAAUUUUCAUCGUAUAA